AACCCAGUCCACAACAAGACCAGACUGCCCUGCCGUGGGUGGCAUGCACUAGAUCAUCACCACAUGAUAGUAUUCGUCCAGCUAAUUUGGCUGCUGUGCUUGACUGUUGACUCCACAGUGCUUAUCUACUGCCAUCACCACUGAGCACCCAACUUAAUUACAUCUGUGGUCUCUUUUGCAGCUGCAAGCUCGCCCUCCUCUUUAGAACACCAUGCCUUUCCUCCCCAUUGUUUUCACCUUGCUCUUCUUCCUACGCGCCCCAGCAAGUUCUGCCGCGACGGACACCAUCUUCGCCGGCCAAGCACUUGGUGUCAACGACAACCUCGUCUCCAAGAAUGGCAGGUACGCGCUUGGCUUCUUCAACACAAGCAGCAGCAAACCCUCCCAAGACACCACCAACUGGUACCUUGGCAUAUGGUUCAAUACAGUCCCCAAACUUACUUCUGCAUGGGUUGCAAAUAGGGACACACCAAUCAAGAACACCACCUCACUGGAGCUCACAAUCUCCCACGAUGGGAAUCUGGUCAUCUUAAACCGGUCCACCAAGUCCAUAAUCUGGUCUACAGAAGCAAACAUCACAAGAAAUAGCACCACUGCCAUGCUGCUGAGUAGUGGAAAUUUCAUCCUAGUAGACUCUUCAAACUCAUCAGUUCUGUGGCAGAGCUUUGAUCAUCCCACAGAUACACUUCUCCCCGGAGCAAAGCUUGGAUGGGACAAGCUCACUGGCCUCAACCGUCGUUUAGUUUCUUGGAAGAACUUGAACAACCCAGCUACUGGUGUGUAUAGUGAUGAGAUAGGUCUCUCGUUUAGCCUAAACCAGUUCUUCCUAGCGCCACAUAACAACUCCAUGCCAUAUUGGUCGACAGGUAUAUACAAUGGCGAAAACUUUUACUCAAAUUCAGGGAUGUUGACACAAAAUCCACUUUUAAGUGCAACAGUUGUUGGCACUGACCAAGAGAUGUACUGGACAUAUAAUUUAGUAAAAGAAGAUAUCGUUACUCGAAAUAUUAUUGACAGCUCAGGUAAAGUUAAGAUGUUCUUUUGGUCCAAGCAGGCACAGGAUUGGCAAGUGGUCUAUACCCAACCACUAGCUCCGUGUGAUGUCUAUGCAAUCUGUGGACCUUUCACAAUUUGCAAUGAUAAUGAGCUCCCAUAUUGCAAUUGUAUGGAGGGCUUCAACAUAACAUCCCCCGUGGACUGGGAUCUACAAGAUCGAACCGGUGGCUGCUCGAGAAUUACUCCGUUAGAAUGCAUUGGCAAUAAAAGCACAACUCAUACUACAGAUAAGUUCUACUUGGUGUCAUGUGUUACGCCUCAGACUGCCCCAAAAGUAGAAGCUGCUACAAGCGCGAGUGAAUGUGCACAAGUUUGCCUGAAUGAUUGCUCUUGCACCGCCUAUUCCUUCAGUGACAGCAGAUGUUCUAUCUGGCAUAAUGAAUUGCUCAACAUAAGAGCACUGCAAUGUAGUGGCAGUACAAGUUCAACUGGAGAAACUCUUUACCUUCGUGUUUCUGCUGAAGAUUUCCACAGAGUGAAAAACAACAGAAAGGGGAUUGUUAUCGGAGUUGCAACUGGUACAGGUGUUUCUGCUCUAGGAUUAUUUGCACUUGUUCUCCUGGUAAAGAUUUGGAGAAACAGAAGUAAGAGCUCCAAUAUACUGGAUUGUGUUCAAGGUUGUACCAGAAUCAUUGCCUUUAGAUACACUGAUUUACAGCAUGUCACAACAAAAUUCAGAGAUAAAUUGGGGGCAGGCAGUUUUGGUUCUGUAUUCAAGGGGGUUUUAAAUGACUCGGUAGCUAUAGCAGUGAAAAGGCUUGACGGUGCUUAUCAAGGAGAGAAGCAAUUCAGAGCUGAAGUGAGCUCGAUUGGAGCUGUCCAACACAUCAAUUUAGUUAAGCUUGUCGGUUUCUGUUGUGAGGGUUCCAAUAGGUUGCUUGUUUACGAAUACAUGUCAAACCGCUCUCUUGAUGUCCAUUUAUUUCGAAACAAUCCGAUGAUAUUGAGUUGGACUACUAGAUAUCAGAUAGCCAUAGGGGUUGCUCGAGGUUUAGCCUACUUGCAUGAGGGAUGUCGAGACUGCAUCAUACACUGUGAUAUUAAGCCAGAAAACAUACUUCUUGAUGAUUCAUUCAUUCCCAAAGUUGCAGACUUUGGAAUGGCAAAGCUUUUGGGAAGGGAAUUUAGCCGAGUACUGACUACAAUGAGAGGAACUGCAGGGUACCUUGCACCUGAAUGGAUCAGUGGUGUUGCUGUUACACAAAAAGUCGAUGUGUAUAGCUAUGGGAUGAUGUUGCUGGAAAUUAUAUCUGGAAAAAGGAAUUCAAGUGCAUCAUUUUCUAGUGGUGGCAACUUUGAUGUUUAUUUCCCUGUUCAUGCCGCACACAAGCUUCUUGAAGGAGACGUUGGGAGUUUGGUCGAUCAAAGUCUACAUGGUGAUGUCAGUCUGGAUGAGGCUGAACUCGCUUGCAAGGUUGCAUGUUGGUGCAUUCAAGACAACGAGCUUGACAGACCAACAAUGGGACAGAUAGUUCAGAUUCUCGAAGGGCUAGUUGAGAUCAGGAUGCCCCCGGUACCAAGACACCUCGAAGCUAUGGCUUAA